AUGUCUGUGCCACAGCCACCCCCGAUCAAGAAUUGGCCGCACACCUUCGACAAUAAAUAUGUGUUCAAGCGUCUUGGCAUAGCAGAACGCCCCGACGACCAACAGGCUGUCCAAGAUUUAGCACAAGAGGUCUUUGAUGUUGCGGCGAUUGAGGCUGAUAAAGACGGCAGACCCGUCGACAGGCUUUUCCGAUCAAUUAAUUCACGCAAUAAAAUUCUAUACGAGUGGCGCAGGCGACUACCGAGGCUACCAGCUGCUGUUAGCAAUCACGUCACGGAUAGCGAGCUUCUCACUGGGGCACUGUAUAAAUACUUAAAUUGUGUCCAAGAUGAUUUGGUAAAGGAUUUUGACAGACGGCAGAAUCAACCAUCACAGCCGCAACUAGCAUACAAAACGGUACAGGAACCAGCACAGCAGAAAAAAGCACAGCAGGAAACACCCGAAACCACAAAGCACGCAGAGGAACCAGAAAGGUCAGUACAAAACCAACCAGAACAACAGAAGAAAUUUGACUAUACUCGGCCCUACAUAGUGCCCAAUGGCGACGUCCAGAUUAUCCGAGCAGAUCACCCAGAUAUGCCAAUUGCAAUCAGGAUGAGUGACUUUUUAAAUGAUCAAGAAAACCCGCAGAAUAUAUGCCCGAAUGGGGAUUGGGUCAACAUCGCUAACAUUAGAUUCGAGAUGUUCAGAGAAAACCUCGCCCAAGAAGGCUUUCUGCAAGGUGGGGACACAAUCUGGCUGCACCAUCUCUCUUUAGACCAAAUCAAUACCGCGCUUAUUGCUAACCCACAGGCUGGCGAGGUACGACUAGCCUCCUUCAAUCUUGCAUCUACACUUUUGCGAACUAUCCGUGAGCAUUGGCCUAGACUUCGAAAUCCCUCCCCUGAUCCCUUUGUAGGUGACAAACGCUCACCAUUACCCAGACCAAAUAUGACUAUUAUCAUCCGGUCCAAGGUUGUAAGAGGUGGCGCCCUCCCUGCUAACCAGCCAGGAAUAGCUCGUCCCACCGAAAAGAUGGGUGGCAACAAGAUCACUCCUAACCGCCAUGUUGAACAGGUGGCCAGAUAUGCGGCCGUGAGACACUCCAAGACCAAGCGAAAGAGGGCAGAGGCGGAAGCUGCAUCGGGAGCCGAAGGAGAACCCGAGGCUGCGCCAGCGGCUCAGAGAAGAAGGCUAGAAGCAGCACCUGGAACUGCCACUGUUCCCGCUGCUGGCAUUGCCCCUGGUCCUGGUACUGUUCCCGCUAUACGACAACCCCAGGAAGUGACUGCCGAUGAUACUGCUAUGAGAGCGCUUUUAGGUCCUGAAGUCUUUGAAGAAUUGAGAAGUGCGCGCGAAGAGAAUGCCGAGCAACAACCCCAGGGAGGGGAUGACGAUGAUUCUGGCUUUCUUGGGCUUUUGGAUGUUGCAAGCUUUAACGAAUCGGGAGUUGUGGGUGACGAUAGCGCCGCCUUACAAGCCUUCUUUGAGGGUAACGAAUGGGUCGGAGAACCGAUGGAGGAGGAUUGA